AUAGCGACCACAGUUCCAUUUAGACGCGGAUGGAAUUAUUUUACGUUCAUGGAUAGAAAACCGGUUAGCAAGUAUACAAAACAGACAAACACAGCUGCUAGCUAGACCAUGGAUGUCAGUCAAGAAGACCUGAGCAAACUGAGCAUCAACAACUCCUCUGAGGAUAUUGAAUUAGAUCAUUCUUUUCAGGAAGAUUUUUACUCAUCUGCUGAUGAAGAUCAUGCCGAUGAAGAUGAUGUUUCAGAUAAAAUCCCAGAAUCAAUGCUCAAAUAUUUUGAAGCCUCCGAGAACAGAGCAAGUCAGUUUGAAAAGCUCAUCCUUGAGGACAAUGAAGAUGAUGAUUCCAGAGCGGCUGAGGUGUAUUCCAUAAUUUCAAGUCGUUCUGAAGACCUUUUAAUGGAACUGGCAUCUGACUUAGGCCUACACGAGGACCCAGUGAAGUUAAAAGAACAAGUCAUGUUAGAGAUGGAGGAUGAGAAGUUGAACGCUAUCCCCAACAAGGCCUGCCCUCACACUGUAUCUGACAGUGACAUUACAGACAGAGUGCCACACAACAGUGAGGAUGAUAUUGAAUGUGAUGCAUAUUUAAGGUCUGAAAAGCAACUCAGUUUGGAACUGAAAACUUUGGAGUGUAAGUUGAAAGAGGAGGAUGAGAGGAGAAUUGUGGAAUACGAGGUGGAGCGAAAGAAGGAGCAGAAUGAGCAGAGAGAAAAGGAGGAGGGGAGGAAACGCAGACAGAGAGACUUUGAGGAGGAGCUGAGGCAGAUAGAAGAGGACAAUAGGCAUCGCCCUACAGGCAUGGAGGAGAUGAAAGAAAGAGAGGCAGAAGAGAAGCUUCAACAAGAGCUUUUCAAACAGCAGGAGCUGAUCAGCAGCCUCCAGAGACAGAUGGAGGAAGAGAGGAGGGCCUUUGAGAAGGUGCAGGAGGAAAAGAGGAGGAAGACCCACCAGUCUCGAUGCAGGGCAGCCAUCACUAUCCAGGCUGCCCUCAGAGGCGUCCUGGCACGCCGGUGGACCAGGGCUGAGCUCCACCGCAGAAGAGAGGAACAAAGAAGGUCUGAGGAGGAGAGGAACAGGAGGGAGGAGAGGUGGAGGAGGGAACAGGAGGAGCAGCGGCUGAAGCAGGAAAAGGAAAACAGAAGGAGAGAGUUGGAGGAGCAAGCGCUGAAGAGGAGGAGCUUAGAGUAUGAGAGAGCCAAAGAAGAGGAUCGAGUCCGUAUGGAGAGAGAGAGACAGGAUGAGGAGGACAGAAGAGAGAAGGAGGAGCAGAUUAGGGAGGAGAAAGACAAGCAAGAAAGGGAGGAGGAGCAGAGAAAAAGACAGGAGAAUGAGGAGGAAAAGGAGAAUGAAAGGAAAAGCAAGGAGGAGGAAGAGAUUAGGAUGGAAUCAGAUGAGAGGAAACCAAAGAGCCUGCAAAAGCUGGAGACAGGAAUAGUGAAGGAGGAAAGUCAAAACCCGAGUGAGGAAAAAGCCAGAGAGGAGAAAUCAGCCGCCACUGAAUGUUCCCCCACUGCCAGCUCUCCCCCCAUUGACCCCAGCACCUCAGCCCCUCAGUCUGCCUUUGAGCGUAUGAGUGUAUUUCUACCAGAGCAGACGGAGCAGAGGAGACUGGCCUGGAUGAGGGACUGCACUUCCUGGUCCAAACUCUCCCUGCAGAACAAGAGGAAGCAGCAGCAGGGGGUCAGGACCCAGAGGAGGAGGGGGGCGAGGAGGGCCGCUGAGGGGAGUGGUUUACCCCUCCUCUGCCCAGAAACACUCCUUCAGUCUGGGGCCUGGAACUCCCCUCAGGAGGUGACCACAGUUGUUCUGGAGGAUCUCCCUGGCUGUAGCCUCUCUACUUUGUCCCAAUGCCCCAGACUGCAGAUGCUCACCAUGAGACGCUGUGGCCUUAAAUCCCUGGAGGGCCUCAGUCAAUGCACAGAGCUUCGCUACAUCGAUGUACAGGACAACUCAAUCACGUUUGUGGACUGUGAGAAUCUGGCUAACCUCCAAGUUCUUCGACUUGGCCGGAACCGUCUGACAUCCAUCCAUGGUCUGGCUGGUGCUGUGGAUCUGGACGUUCUGGAGCUCUCGCACAACUCCAUCACCCGUAUCGGUGGUCUGGAGCCAUUGAAGAGGCUGCAGAAGUUAUUGUUGGACCACAACCAGCUGAUCAGUACUAGAGGACUGAGAGAGGUGUACACGCUGCUACACCUGGACUUGUCUCACAACCAUCUGUCCAGUGUAGAGGGCCUGGACAACUGUGCUCUGCUCAACACCCUGGACCUGACAGGAAACAAUCUGACUGAGCUACCCAGUCUGAGGAACCAGGUCCUCCUGGUGGAGCUCCAUCUGGAGGACAACAGCAUCUCCUCACUGGAGGGCCUGACAGCCUGCUGGCUCCCCCUGAUGCAGCUCCUCUCUGGGGCCCAAAACAGUAUAACCCAACUGCCAUCACUGUGUCAUUUUGUGUCACUGGAGAAGCUGGACAUCAGAGACAACUGCCUCUUAGAGCUGCAGAACCUGUGUGAGAGUCUGCAGGGAUGUCCACUCCUCCGAGAGGUCCAUCUCACUGGGAAUCCCCUUCAGCAAGAGUCCAUGUGGAGGUCCAGUCUGCAGAGGGCCGUGCCGGGUCUACAGGCCAUAGACGGGCAGCCUGUCGGCUCCUCUCCAGCGCUCCCUAGUCCUGGUCUAGUGACGGCCCUGCUGCCUCAGAACAGCUUUCUAGCCUUCUGUCAGGCACAGCUCCAGCAGUUCCACACACUGCAGCACAGCCACACGGCACAACUCAGCGGUGCUCUCCCUCCCCUGGAUGCUCUGAGGCUCUCCCUCCAGCUCCAUGAUGAAGCUGUGCAGCUGGCUGAGGAGCACAGAUACGCUCACGAAUAUGGAGACACCAGCAUCACCAACAAACAAGAUGACAGUCACAGGAGUGACACCGCCAGGGUUAGCAGGAUCCCUGCCGAAAAGUCCGAUGUAGAGGGUAUGGACAGACAUGGUGGUGUCAUGAACAGUGAGCAACCUGAAAAUAAGUCCUGUGGAAACACAAACACCUGGCCACAUGUGGUUCCCCUCAUCAGCCCAGCCAAUGACAACAGUGAAAAGCAGCCUCAGCCCCCAGCAUACAGAUCAUUCAGCAGUCUAGGGACUGUGUCCACUAGGCCUGAGUUGAAGCCAGCAACGCCAGCUAGCUACACAAGUUCCAGCUCUACCUUCUCAGAGGAAAAAACGUCCCAUGCCACUGCCAAACCCAGCAGUUCACCCUUCCCCAAAGCUCACAUCAAGCUGGACCUCAAAAACAUGGCAGCUGUGGUGAUCCAGCGCCACUGGAGAGGACACAGAGGACGUCAGAGGAUCCAGCUGCGUCCACCUCCAGGAGAGGAGCAAGGAGGAAGAAGAGGAAGAGAGAGGGGAAGAGUAGACACAGGACCCAGCCAUACUGGGUCAGAGCAGAGCCGUCUGGAACCAGAUUACGCUGCAACUGCCAUCCAGGCGGUUUGGAGAGGCUUCACCCUGAGGAGGAGGCUGGCUGCUGCUCUGGCCCAGGCUCGGGGCUUCAACCCCGGGGAUCACGAGGCCUUCGAGGAGGUGAACGUGGAUGAAUUUGUCUUUGAUGAGAUGGCACUAGAGAGAGACUGGAUGAUGACUUCGCUGCUGUCUGACGAUUCACCUCCCAAAACCCUCCUUCAUCCUCCUCCGUUCCCAGACCAGCUGCUUGGUCCAAUGCGUACUCUGAAUCUUCCAGAUGCCAACCAGCAGAUCAGCCCACCUGUUCUUCUGUGGAAGCCCAAGCAGGCCUGGAUGGGUGGGGAGAGAGCAGAGCCUGCUGAGCAUAGAGUUUCCCUUGACAGCAUCAGCAGAACUAAAUCUCCUGUCUCUGCGUCAGGGCUCAGUGGUCUUUCUGAGAGAUCUCCUGCUUCUGUGUCAGGGCUCAGUGGUCUUUCUGAGAGAUCAGAGAAGAUUCUGGAGGAGUGGGGGUUCAGAGACAGCCACACUGCUCUGAUGAUGCUGAAGAGAGCUCAGAAGAUGAAGUCUAAGAAGCAGAGGCAAAGAAAACUAUUGGACCCAACUGUACGCCUGGCCCUUUUCAGGAACCAUAGCAACCAGCAUGCCCCUAUGGAAGCACCAAAGAAGCCCUCUCCAGAGAGGAGAGACUACAUUAAAGCUCACCAGGCAGAACUAGCCCUGGAGGGAACAGGCAGAUUGGACCAAACACGGUUAAACCAGCAAGCACCAGGGAGGGUGGACCAAAUGCUGUUGAACCAGGACGCAACAGAGAGAGUGGACCAAACACUGGUGAACCAGGAACGCACUUACCAGUGGCUCCACACCCAGCCUGUGCACUCUGACAGCAGACGCCCUGAGAGUGAAGGUUUCCUCCCAGAGAUUGACCCAGACAUACUGAAAGGAGGCAGAGUGCAGCUCGUGGCUGUAGCAGGGUACAGAGAAGGUCCAGACCAGGCCCCAAAGUCGCGGGCCAGCGGAACGUCAACCUCCCCGCCUCACAAAGAACACAAUGAAGUUCGGAGAAACUUUAUGGGGCAUCUAAACAAAGAAGCACCUUCUCCCCAAAGAGUGACCUCUGCCUCAUCUAAAAAGGAGCGCAUGUCUUUCCGGGAUAACCCUGUCCAGAUGAGUGGUGGCUGGGGAGGGGGCAAAAAAAGGGACAAACUGCACAAGUAACAAGACAUUUGUUAAUUACCAAGAAACUGGUUUAGCUUUAUUCACUGUAUGUCCAAAACAGUAAGCAUGACAACCAUUAUUCUGUUCACAGUAACGUUUUGACAGUCCCAUACAGUAUAUGUAUUAUGUUGACAUUUCAUUCAUUCUGCAACGUUUUACUUUUCUCCCCUCAAAAGUUUUCAUUGUCAUUAAUCUCCUAUACUAAAAUGUCAUGCAGCUGCCUUUUCGCUCUCAGAUCUGGCUUGGCCGUGGGUCUUCUGAAAAUUAAUUAAAAGCAAUGGGAGAAGCCCAGCCCAAAUAUCUGCAGGCGUUUUCAUGCUGGUCAUUAUGCAUGGAUAUCGCUGCCUUAAUGCGACCUCAGCCAACACCGGAACGCAUGGAGCAAAGUCCCAAACGCUCAACAAAUCACACGCUUAAUAUGCAGACAAUGGUUAGAAAUAAGAAACAGAACAUUUCUAUUCUAAUUGUUAGGAUGUUUGUAUUUUGAUUUCAUUUAGAUUUAUGUUACAAGCUUUCCAGACCAGUCUCUGCUGCUGUGGCCUUUGGUAAAAGAAAAUAUAGAAUUUAGAAUUGGGUCCCGUGUGGCUGAGUUGGUAGAGCAUGGCACUUGCAACACCAGGGUUGUGGGUUUGAUUCCCAUGGAGGACCAGUAUCUAGUAGCUGGAUAAGAGCAGCUACUAAAAUGUAUGUGUAGAAGGUGUCUUAUCUUAGAUGUUGCAUGUCUAAGAAAAAAUGUGCUUUUUUAAUGCUACUUGUUUCUUGCUUAAGUUGAUGAAGUGGCACUUUUACUCAGCUGUUAAUAAUCAAGGUAAAUACAUUUUAGAUUCUAAAAUAAUGAUUAAAUUCAAGUUUAUUUUUUGAUUUUACUAUCAUAUAGACUGAGUGUUCAAAACAUUAGGAACAACUGACAUAGGUGAAUACAGGUGAAGGCUUUGAUCCCUUAUUGAUGUCACUUGUUAAAUCCACUUCAAUCAGUGUAUAUGAA